CUUGUUGAACCGACCAGCAAUUCUUCCCCCAUGACUUGAGACGAACACACACCACCCACGGCCACCAUGAUUGCGUCCUCGCGCAGGUGGCUCCGGCGCAAUCGGACCAACUUUGCCAUCGGAGCGGGCGUGCUGGGCGCUGGCUAUCUGGCCGGCCAGUAUGUCCUGGCGAAGGUGUCCGAGGCGCGCCAGCGCAUGAGCGAGGAGCGCAUCGCGAAGGAGAACCUCCGCCGGCGGUUCGAGCAGAACCAGGAGGACUGCACCUUUACCGUGCUCGCCAUCCUGCCGACCGCGACCGAGAAUAUCCUGGAGGCAUUGCCCGUCGAACGCACGCUGAACGAGCUGCAGAAGCAGAAGCAGGAGCGGCUGGCAAGAAGUGUAGGCCCAUCAGAGGUCACCAUCUCGGACGUGCAAUCGUCGCCGCGAAGCGUAACCGACGAUGACGGCAAGAGCUUGACCAGCUUUCAGAGCGAGAGCUAUGUGCAUGCCAGCCAGGUGGCAGAGAGCAGUGCUGCCAAUGGCGACGGCAGUGGGGAGACAGGGCCCCAGACAUCGCCGCGGCCGAAGAAGAGCAAGGCCCAGUUAUGGAACGAGAUGAAGAUAAGCUCCAUCUCGAGAGCGUUCACAUUGAUAUAUACCCUAUCUUUACUUAGCCUUCUUACCCGCAUACAGCUCAAUCUUCUUGGGCGGCGAAACUACCUCGCCAGCGUUGUUUCACUCGCAGCACCUCCCCCCCAAGAGUCUAAAAUCAGCCUCGAGAACAACGACGAUGACAACUUCGAGCAUGCCUACGGCAAUGACUUCGAGACGAACCGCCGUUACCUCUCCUUCAGCUGGUGGCUCCUCCACCGCGGCUGCAUAGACAUCAUGAACAAAGUCACCGCCGCCGUGACCGAAGUAUUCGGAAGCCUGAACCCACGCGAGGAAAUCACCCUCGAGCGCCUCUCCGAACUAACCCUCGAAGUCCGCAAGAAAGUCGAGGGCGCCACCGAGUCCGACAGGAGAACCUGCAAAUGGCUCCCCUACCUCCUCCCCCCGCCAGACCAAGAAUCCUACGUCCUCCAAGAGUCCGGCAUGAACCCCCCCACCACCAGCACACCCCCCUCCCCCUCCCUCCGCCGCCUCAUCGACGAAACCUCCGACCUCAUCGACUCCCCCUCCUUCACCCACGUCCUCACCCUCCUCCUCGACGCCGCCUUCUCCCUCCUCAUCGACUCCAAAAUCGCCACCCACGCCUACAAAAUCCCGCCCACGUCCGCCUCGACCGCGCGAGUCGUGGAGAUCGUCGGCGCGGACGCGAAGGCGAAGGUGGCGGUGAGCUUGGCUGUGUUCUGCCGUCAGGCACACGCGAUCGGGUCCGGGUCGAACAACGAGUACCUCGCGGCCAUGGAGGGCGUGCGGGAUCUGGAAGCGUUUGCGGCGGUGGUGUACAGCAGCAAUUUCGAGUUUGAAACGCCGGAAGCGAAUGCGGCGGCGGAGAUUGGGAGCGAUACUGUGAAGUUGAGUCGGCCGAGUACGGCGGAUGCUGGCGAGGGUGCGACGAUUAGGGGCGAGGAGAGCUUGUUAGGCGCCGAGAGUGGGUUUGAGUCUGCGUGGGGGAAGGCGCUGGGGAGUCAGGAUGGGAAGAGUUAGGUUAGGGACCUUGAUGCAAUUACACUCUGGAUUGGGUGGGCAGGUGGGAGUAUGGUUGGUUGGGACGCCUCAUAGCGAAUUUUGGGUAAGAACGUGUAUGAUAUGCAACGCCUACUGCUAUACUCGGGUCAAGAUCAUGAACGGCCUCUAAUGUAGAAUCAAUCUCAUUGCUGACACGAGCAUGAUGUGCCUGUCAGGAGUUGACAGUACCAUACUCGGCAACCGUGCUCCACUUCAGAUUCGUAGAUAGGAAUCGAUCCACCCAACGUCACCAAA